AUGGCCACUACACACGAAACGCACUCAUUGGAGAAGAAACGUUCAUCCAGCGAGCGCUUUGAGAAUGCGGAGGCGCCAAAGUAUGACCACGACCACGUCGCGUCCGUCGAUGCAGAACUAGGGGGAUCCUGGGACAAGACUUUUGCCAAGAAGACUAUUCGACAUGUCGACCGGCGGGUACUUCCCAUUCUGGCUGCUCUCUACGCCAUCUCCCUCAUCGAUCGAACGAACACAUCGAAUGCCUACGUUGCCGGUGCUGCGAGGGAUCUGGGCUUGACUAUCGGGAAUAGAUAUACCCUUGUCACCCUGAUGUUCUUUGUCCCAUACAUCAUCUUCGAGCUGCCUUCCAAUAUUGUUGUUCGCAAGGUUGGGCCUCGUAUGCUACUAGGUACUAUCACCGUAGCGUGGGGUAUCGUCAUGCUGGGAAUGGGUUUUGUCGAACACUGGUGGCAACUCGUCAUUUGCCGAGCGCUCCUCGGUUUCCUUGAGAGCGGUUUCUUCCCUUGUGCUGCAUGGCUCGUGUCCGCCUGGUAUAUCCGCCGAGAGGUUCAGAAGCGAAUGACUGCCUUUUACAUGCUCUCCGUGGUCAUCGGUGGCUUCUCCAGUGCCAUCGCGGGAGGCAUCAGCGAACUAAAAGGAAAGAGAGGCCUUAACGGUUGGCGGUGGAUUUUUAUCAUUGAAGGCGCCGUGACCAUCGUGCUCGGUCUCUCCGCCUUCUUCCUCGUUCAAGACUUCCCCGAGAAGAACCAGUUCCUGUCGGAGGAGGAGACUAAGUUUGUGAUCGAGCGCCUCGAGCGAGAUCGUGGAGACGUCGAAGUCGACCCUUGGACUAUGAAGAAGUUUUUGAGCUACUGCGCUACACCAAAGCUCUGGGGAUUCGCAGUUCUCUUCGGUGCAUCGACUACCUGUUCAUAUGCCUUUGCCUACUUCUUGCCAAUUAUUCUUCUCGGAAUGGGCUACACUGAACUCAACGCACAACUUCUCUCCGCUCCUCCCUACUUUACGUCCAUCUUCUUCGCCUUUGGUCUCGCUUGGGUCGGAGACAAGUACAUUAUCCGCGCCCCGAUUAUCAUGGUACAAGCCACGAUUGGUAUCAUCGGACUGAGCAUGACUGCGUUCCACUCGUCCCACGGCGUUCGAUAUGCCGGAGUCUUCCUUGGUCUUGCCGGUGCAAACGCAAACGUCGCAAGCGUCCUCGGCUACAUGCAGAACAAUAUUGUUGGGCAGACCAAGCGUGCUUUCACGAGCGCACUGGUCAUCGGAUUCGGAGGAAUUGGUGGUAUCAUUGCCUCCACCGUCUUCCGUUCCAAGGAUGCACCAAAGUAUCGCCCAGGGCUCUGGGUAACUAUUGGAGCAAACCUCCUUGUCAUCAUUCUAUGCGCCAUCAUGUCCUUUGCAUUCAAUUGGCGUAACAAGCAAGUCCGCGCAGGCAAGGGCAAACCCAUCGAGGGCAAGGUCGGAUUUUACUAUACGAUUUAG